CAAUUUGAAGUUUGCGCCAAUAAAAUUACAGCCUCAGAUGUUUAUAAUUUAAAAAAUAAAAAACUAGAAAAUAAACGCGAAAAUGGGUCGCAGUAAGGUGAUUAGAAAGAAGCAAUUGCGACGACAUUCAGUUAAACAAGAGAAUACCGAGGAUUAUUAUUUGACACCCGACGAGGUGCAGGAAUCGGUUGAGCGGUGGUCAUUCCUUUGGCAAUAUACUCCGGAUUGUGAUUCCGAAACAGAGGGCAGCUCAACUUCCACCGUAACGCAACAGGAUCCAACUGCCUAUGGGGACUGGUGUUUGCCCGGUGGAGAAUUCGAUUUCCAGACUACCGGCAAGGAAAUGCUGAUGAAUCUCAGCAAAUUUCCCUAUCCGGACCUAAUCCAUCCGCCUGUUCUGUUGGACACCAAGUUGCCCAACACGCUGCGUGUUAAUCGCCGACCCUAUAUCACCCACAAAAUCUUCGAGUACGUAAUGCCGGACAUAUAUAAUCGGGCCAAGGAGAUCAUGGAGCCACCCGUGUGCGAGGGAGCCGUGGGCUAUGAUCCCAUGUACUUUGACCCACCCAUGUUGAUCAAACCUCUCUGCAAGUACAGCAAGCAUCCUUACUUCUCAGCCACGUGGAACAAUACCAGCGAGGAGUCCUGGAUGAACUGGCGUCGUUGUGCCAAAAUGUUGCUGGAACUUAAUGAGUCGCUGGUGGAUUACGAGAAGCUACCUCGUGGGCCUAAAAACUGCCAGUACAGGCGCAAUAAACUUCUGUCUGGAUUAGGAAAGGAUCCGGAGCGAUGUACAAGGUGGCUGCGUCCCAGGACCAGGUUCACUUUGAAUCCGGAACCCGAUGCGAUCGACAAACAGUGGGAGGGGCUCGAGGAGGAGCAGUUGGCCUCCGAUGAUUUGUACGCAGACAUUGGGAACGAAGAACUCGAAACGGACACACAGCCCUCAUGUAACGCCUCAGUGUCGGACGAUCUCAUUCCAAGGAUAACCCAAUCGCAGUCGGAUAUCAAUCGAGAUUAUUUAAGGACGAGUUUGAUAAUAAGGCGCUGUCAUAGUUUGAACAGUAUUUGGGAUGAGUUCCUCAGUUACGAAUCUCUGAAUCAUGAAACCAUAAUCGGGAGUCGGGAGUCGGGAAUCGGGCAACUGCCACCGUACAAAUGCGACGACUGUUGGCCUGUUGAUUCAAGCGAUUAA